AACAAAAACACUAUCUGUCACAUGACUCGUGUUUUGACAGUUUCAGCGCAUUUCUCGUGAAGAGCGACACACACCUGCAGUCGGACACUGAAACACGAGUGAAGCGACAGCAGAAUGGCUCACCCCGGCACGCACUCUCCUCGUCUGUGGGUCUGGCUCUUGCUGGUGGUUGUGAGUCGCACAGUGGAGCCGGUGUGCGGAGUCUGGCCGCUGCCGCAACAGAUCCAUCAGUCCCCGGACAGAUACAGUCUGAGUCCGCAGCUCUUCUCCUUCACUUACGGAAAGGACUCGGCAGCUCAGACUGGAUGCUCCGUCCUGGAUGCUGCUUUCAAAAGAUACUUCUCCAUCAUAUUCCCUGACUUUACAAAAGGACCAGAAAACGGGCUUCGUUACUGGUCGGAGUCCAAACCCUUUGUGGUGUCGGUGAGUGUCAAAAGCAGAGGAUGUGACGGCUACCCUGAUGAAGAUUCAGAUGAGAGCUAUAACCUGAGUGUUUCUGAUGGCCAGGCUGUUCUGAGAUCAGUGACUGUAUGGGGUUCUCUGAGAGGUCUGGAGUCCUUCAGUCAGCUUGUGUACCAGGACGAUUAUGGCUCUUAUUUUCUCAACAAGACAGAGAUUGUAGACUUCCCACGGUUUGCAUUUAGAGGACUUUUACUGGACACUUCAAGGCAUUAUUUACCCCUCCAUGCUAUUUUGAAGACCCUGGAUGCUAUGGCUUACAGUAAACUCAACGUCUUUCACUGGCACAUCGUGGAUGAUCCCUCUUUUCCGUAUCAGAGCCGCACCUUUCCUGACCUCAGUAAUAAGGGAGCUUUUCAUCCGUUCACUCAUAUCUACACGCAGUCAGAUGUGAUGAGAGUGAUUGAACAUGCAAGAAUGAGAGGCAUUAGAGUCGUACCUGAGUUUGACUCGCCUGGACACACUCAGUCAUGGGGGAAAGGACAGCCAGACCUCUUGACACCUUGUUACAAGGGAGACGUACCCUCUGGUUCAUUUGGACCCGUCGAUCCAACGGUAGACACCACUUAUAAGUUCAUGGAACGCCUCUUGAAAGAGGUGAAAUAUGUCUUUCCUGACUCAUAUGUUCACUUAGGAGGGGAUGAGGUCAGCUUUGCCUGCUGGCAGUCCAAUCCCAAUGUGCGAAAGUUUAUGGGAAAGAUGGGCUUUGGGAAGGAUUUUACCAAACUGGAAUCAUUCUAUAUGGAGAGCAUAAUGAACAUGACUGCCGCGCUCAACAAAACCUCCAUUGUCUGGCAGGACGUGUUUGACUACCGUGAGCGAAUUCCACAGGACACGGUUCUGGAGAUCUGGAAGGGUAAAGGUUACCAGGCUGAACUGAGCAAGAUGACCAAGGCCGGGCACAGGGUUCUGCUCUCUGCCCCCUGGUACAUCAACCACAUCAGCUACGGCCAGGACUGGCGUAUUUCCUACGCAGUGCAGCCCCAGAAUUUCUCCGGGACAGAAGAACAAAAGAAGUUGGUGAUCGGUGGAGAGGUCGCCAUGUGGGGUGAAUAUGUCGACGCCACCAAUCUGAGCCCACGUCUGUGGCCAAGAGCCUGUGCUGCAGCGGAGAGGUUGUGGAGCGAUGAAGAAAAAACUCUGAACGCAGAUCUGGCCUUCCCUCGCCUGGAAGAGUUUCGCUGUGAACUUCUAAGGCGGGGGAUUCAGGCGGAGCCUCUGUUUGUUGGCCACUGUAAGCAUGAGUAUAACGGGCUGUAGUUCACCGAUUAGCCACUAAAACUGAAGAGGGAUUCGUUUGUGCACUGGAAUAUUGCUUCUGAAUUUGCACAAUAUUUUUUUAUGAUCAUGUAAACUGACUUUUGCUAAAGAAAAUGUCAAUUUUAUUAAUAAAGACCUCUGCAAGAAUGA